AUGAUACUAGUGACAACAGAAGGAAACACGGUUGUAUCUCCAAUAAUAAGAAGUAAGUCAUUUGAAAUAAAUAAUUUAGGUGAUAGAAAACAAAUGAAACCUGACGUUAAUUUUACAGUUGUUGAAAAAAGAAAAGAAACAAAAACAGAAUUAGAACCAGCAUCAUCAAUGUUAUAUAAUUUAAGAAGAAAAGAGAUUGAUAAUGAUAAUGAUGAUGGUGGUGAAGAAGAAGAAGAAAAUAUGAGAAAACCGUUUAAAAGUUACAUUAUUUACCAUCAACAUCCAUAUAAAAUAUUUAAAGAAUGGAUACCGAACGAUGAUACGUCGAAAGAUAUAAUUAAUAAUAAUAAUAAUAAAGAAAAAAUACAAAUUUUACCUGAUUUCCAGAAUGAUAAUGCUCAAUAUGGCGGUCAAACAUAUAAUCCGAAUAGUAAAUCAGAAUUAACGUAUCAAUCCGUUUAUUCGAACGUAAUUAAAGUUUUCGACAGAGCGGAAAAAAAUAUCGACAAUCGUUUUUCGUCUGGCGACAAUUUUCCCUACAAAAACAAUGAAUAUUUUUACGCGGAUUUUAAUAAAAAACCCCAAUUCGAAACGGUUGAUUUUGAAAAAUUUCCGUUAUCAUUACCUCCCAACGGUAAUAUUUUUAUAGAUGAACAUUCAUCAGUUAUAAAUUACGAUCCGCCAUAUUUUUUACCGAAUUUUUAUUUUAAUAAUGAUGAUGAUGAUGCCGAAGUGAUUUCCGAAACUCGUUUUAAUACGAAUAAUCGUAAUAAAAAUUUAAUUUGCGGUUUUAUAAGGGUUAACAAUAGACGUUUUCCGGAAAAUGGCGGAGGUCCGUGUGGUAGAAAUGAAAAUGUUAUACCCCUAACUCCACAGGAUUAUCCGGAUCAUUCUCAACUUCCUGUUGAUAAAUUACCCGUCGAACAUCGUCAUCCAAAUUCUCGUUUUCAAAUAAUUAAAAGAAGUGGUUUAUAUGACGUCAGACGAAAACGAGCUGCUAGUUUUGGAUUUGGAUACGACAGUUGGAACUUGCCUUACGGUUACCAGGGUGGAUACAGAUAUUACAACGAUCUCAUUCCGAGUAGGACGAGUACCUAUAGCAAUAGUCGGAAUCUAGAUUAUAAAAAUAAUAAUAAUAAAUACGGAAGUGAAUCGAAUUACAAUGAUUACGACGAUAAGCAGCAGCAGCAACAACAGCAGCAGCACCAGCAGCAGCAACAUGAAAAUUAUUUUUCAAAAAGCCUAGCAAAUUAUUUAAGCAACGGUGGAAGAAGAAGAAAUAACAACAGAAGAAACAACAAUAGUGGAAACAGAAAUGGAAAUGGAUACCGAUACGAUAACAAUGACAACAACGGAUACUUCACUAGCUACAACGGUUAUGGGGGUGGAAAAUAUAACGGGUACGGCAGCAACAGCGGGAGUAAUAGAGGUUAUGACAGUUUCAUGAACAGUAACAACUACGGAAGUUAUGGAAACAACAGAGGUUACGAUAGUUUAAGUUACGGAAGCUACGGUACUAACAACAGGGGUUACGACAACAAUAACAAUUACGGAAGUUAUGGGAGUGGUGGUGGUGGUAGCGGUGGCAGUAGAUACAAUAACAAUAAUUACGGAAGUUAUGGAAGCGGUGGCAGUAGAUACGAUAACAACAAUUAUUACGGAAGUAGCAGAGGAUAUGGUAAUUCCGGUUACGGAAGUAGUAGCAGAGGAUAUGGUAAUUCCGGUUAUGGAAGCAACAGAGGAGGAUAUGGAAGUUCCAGUUAUGGAAGUUAUGGAAACAACGAUAGGUACAACAAUAAUUACGGUAGUAACGGAGGUUAUAGUUAUUCCGGUAGCAAUUUUGGAUAUUAUGGACAAAAUGAUUUCUAA